AUGGCUGAGUCCAAGGCGCACGAUACCAUUGCGCCAGCAGAUGUGCCGCCAACAUACCCCUCCGAAGGGCGGCCCUCCGACUCCUCGAUGGACAAGAUUAUUCAGAAUGCUAAGGCGGCGACGGACAAGGAGCGGAACAUGAGUUUGCUCCAGGGUAUCAAGUUGUACCCCAAGGCUGUCGCUUGGAGCGUCCUCAUCUCGACUUGUAUUGCUAUGGAGGGCUACGAUAUCAGUCUGGUGAACAACUUCUACGCUUUCCCCCAGUUCAAUAAGAAAUACGGCACACAACUGGCGGAUGGAUCAUAUCAAGUUUCUGCGCAGUGGCAAGCAGGUCUGAGCAACGGUGCCUACGUCGGCGAAAUUAUCGGUCUGUUCAUCAACGGAUGGGCUUCGGAACGAUUUGGAUAUCGGUACACCAUUAUGACCUGUCUGGUCCUCGUGACCGCGUGGACGGCCAUCUUCUUCACAGCCCCGAACGUCCAGGCUCUUCUUGCCGCCGAGAUCCUGUGCGGUAUUCCCUGGGGUGUUUUCCAGACAUUGACCAUCACCUACGCCUCCGAGGUGUGCCCCGUCGCGUUGCGAGGAUACUUGACAACCUAUGUCAACUUCUGCUGGGGUCUUGGCCAGCUCAUUGGAAUUGGUGUAAUCAUGGGGAUGCUGAACCGAGACGACCAGUGGGCAUACAAGAUUCCGUAUGGACUGCAGUGGAUGUGGCCUCUGCCCCUCAUCAUUGGAAUUGCUCUUGCUCCCGAAUCCCCCUGGUGGCUGGUUCGUAAAGGACGGACGUCGGACGCAAAACGAGCCCUGGAACGCUUGACCAGCAAGAACCGCGAUACAGAAUUUGAUUCUGACGAGACCAUCGCCAUGAUGGUGCACACAACCGCGCUGGAGGCCAAGAUCACCAAAGGCGCUAGCUACUUCGACUGUUUCAAGGGCACUGACCUGCGCCGAACCGAGAUUGUUUGCAUGGUCUGGGCCAUCCAGAACCUGAGCGGAAACUCCUUCUCCAAUUACUCGACAUACUUCUUGGAGCAGGCCGGUCUCUCUUCAUCCAAUGCAUACGCAUUCGCCAUGGGCCAGUACGGCAUUAACAUGCUCGGUACUUUCGGGGCGUGGUUCCUGAUGAGUGUCGGUAUCGGUCGUCGGACUUUGUGUCUGUACGGACUGUGCGGCCUCUGCACCAUGCUCCUUAUCAUGGGAUUCAUGGGACUUGUCCCGACUGCACACCGCGACCAGGCUUCCUUGGCCACGGGUUCCUUGAUGCUCAUCUGGGCGCUUUUCUAUCAGCUGACGGUCGGUACCGUCUGCUACUCACUUGUGGCAGAGCUUUCAACCCGCCGACUACAGAUCAAGACGGUCGUGCUUGGUCGCUGUCUGUAUAACGUUGUCGCCAUCAUCUGCGGCGUCCUUACUCCCUACAUGCUUAACCCUGGUGCUUGGGACUGGGGCAACUAUGCAGGCUUCUUCUGGGGCGGUAUCUGCUUCCUCUGCAUUAUAUACGCCUACUUCCGCGUGCCAGAGCCUCGCGGUCGCUCCUUUGCAGAACUCGAUCUGCUCUUCGAGCGCGGAGUAAGCGCGCGCAAGUUUGCGCAGACGGAGGUCGAUGUGUUCGAUGAGACCAUCGAGGGCCAAGUGGUUGAGAAUUACCGGGAGCAAAAUAGGAACCCGGACGAGGUUGAGAAGUACCAAUGA